AAGGCCAAAUUGAGAGUGUUCUAUGAAGCAUCACACUGGCUAGUAUCUAUCUCCUGUAGUGAUCCAUACGAUAUCCAUUUCUGCAGUGAUUAUUCUUCCCUGCUGCUCCAGUGGAGAGUUCCCGGCGUGCCCGGUUCUGCCGAUGAGCUUACCUGCUCAUUACUAGUGGGAGGUGCUGCUAACUUGCUCUAA